CUGUAUCAUAGUUUACCUCUUUUUUACAUCCUAGAUGAAAAUUCACAACCCAGGACACAAGAUUUUCAAACAUAUCAGCACCAUUAUCGGUUUGAGAGAAGAGGGGAAGUCACUAAGUUACAUCGUUCGCGAAGUGAAAAAACCCAAUGGUGCCUACUGUUGUACUUGAAUCAUAACAGUAAGCCUUUAGGUGGAUCCGUCCUUCACUUACAACAUGAUUUGGAGUAUGACUCAAGAUUCCUUGGAACUUUCAUUGCAGAUCAUAUUGAAGAGAUCAAGACUGAGAUAGAGCGUUGCUAUAGUUGUAAUAGCUCUGCAACAGCUAAUGAUGUGUGUAGACGGCUGCAACUGCGUGGAAUAACUGUGAGCUUAUCGCACAUCAAAAGGCCGAGGCAACGACUAGGAUAUACUAAAACUACAACUAAGUAUUGCCACACCAUAAGGGAUGUGAAUAAGGCUGCUCGUAGAGUUGACAACUUUUUCGGACUCGUCUUUACUGAUGAGAGCACUGUCCAGAGUAAGGAUUUGAAUACUGAAAAUUUCCCUAUAUUCCAAAUUUUCGCUCUAGUUGAUUGCUCCACUCGAUUCCGCUACGUUAAAAAAGGCGACCACUUUGCCAGAAUGCGUAGCAGGGCCAAACAUCCUGCCAAAGUACAUAUCUGGGGUGGAAUUUCUGAGCGAGGGACCACGCAGCUGGCCAUACUAGGAGGAAACUGCCGCAUAAACAGCGAGAUUUAUUGCAGGAUACUCGAAAAAUGCUACAUUCCUUUUUUGCAAAAGGCCCAUAAUGGAUUUGGUAGAUUGGUGCAGGAUAACGCACCAGCCCAUAAAAGCCUAAACAAGUUUGAAGAAUGGGAUAUAGAGACUUUGGAUUGGCCGGCAGAGUCUCCUGAUUUAAAUCCCAUCGAACUUGUGCGGGGUAACAUGAAGAACUUCAUACAAUUAUUAUUGAUUUCCAUCCAUUUAUCAAUGAAGCAACGCAUUCGAAAUCAUGAUGAUUUGAAGGUAGCGAUUGUUUCGUAUUGGAAAACCAUAACACCAGAGACGUGCAAGAAAUACAUUAGUGGAGUCAGGAGGAAAAUGAAAGGAGUUAUUGAACAAGGAGGAAGAAACAUUUUAGAAGGGAGAUGAAU